AUGUCAGUAACGGAAGUAAGUUUGCGCCACGAGCGGUUGAAAUCCCUGCAGGUUUUGGCCACUGGAUUCCUCAUUGAGGUUCAUGCCCCGAUCACAGAAAACCGAAGACGCAUCAGACUGCCUAAAGACGGGGCUUCGGGCUUUUCCGAUUCCCGCCGGCCCGUGGUGGAGGGAGGCUCCGGAUUUGAAUUCCGUGGUUGCACUUGCACCACGUAG